CCCACCCCAAUCUCCUCUCUUUUCCUUUUGACCUUCUCUUUUCUCCCUCCAAUGUAUUCUUGCUCAUGCAUACGAUAAACAGUGGAUACCCAGCGACAAGUUUUUGAAUACAAUGCGUCGUUUGCGGAUGGACCUUCACCACUGACGGAUCAGGCGUGGGGUGAGUUGUUUCCUGUCCAGGCAGGAUUCUUUCGCCAUCCCGUUAUUUCCCCGGAGCGAGCGGCCAUCUCGAUAUUCCAUCAAUUGCAUUGCUUGAAUGCAAUGCGACAGGCAUAUUGGUUACUGAUCUCGAUCGCCACUUCUCCCGAUGAGACCCUCCUGGAACAGAGCAUGGAUGACAUGAUUGCACCUCGCCAUUUCAGCCACUGUACCGAUCUUCUCCGACAAUCGCUCAUGUGCCGUCCGGACCUGACUAUGGAGACAUUGACUCCCGAGGGUGGAGUGACAGGGUUCGGCACAGAGCACGAAUGCCAGGAUUGGGAUCAGUUAAUGAGUUAGAUGGCUCGGUGGGAAUCUUAUGGACAAACGCAGGCGUACAACCAAUCAGAGCAUGACCAUCACAGACAUCGGUAGGGGUUAAAGAAGGAAACCAAAAUUUCCUUGACUUUUUAACCGUUAGGAGAUUGUUCGAGCGGAUGUGCCUGUAACGGCCAAAAUGUGCCAGUAGCUACCUUGCUAGAUAAAUGCAUGGCACUGAGCUCC